AUGUCGACUUAUACUCUUCCACUGUUCCUUUUCACUAUCGGACUCAUUUUCUGCACUCAAUCGGUUGCCGCUGAAGGCGAUGACCUGCUCGACUACGUCAAAUCGAUCGAGCCACUCACUAUCAGGAGAAGCCCAAUCGCUUGCCCAUUGCCGGUUGUCGGGCAAUCUUGUCCAGAGGAGAACGUCUUCUGGUACUUCAAGUGUUGCGGAAACGUCGCCGAUCAGUGCUGCUUCCGCCUUCAGGAUUGGGUUUCGGUGCUUCUUUUGUUCCUUGCCGUCUGCACCAUUCUCUCGAUCAUCAUCAACUGUAUUCGUUGUAUAUGCUGCGCGUAA